CGUCAGCAUCUAAUUUCGAUGGAAGUGGCGUUAGGUGCACAGUUGGGCGGGUCAGGGCCUCCUCCUCCUCCUCCGAAUAUCAUUUUCUUGCACAAAGUGCUAAAAGUAUCGUUUUCUUUUUUGAUUCUUGCAUAAGCUUGCGGAAGAAGCUUUUUUACUCAGACUGAGCACCUUCGUUUGCUUUUCCAACUGUCAAUGCAAAAAGCUCUAUAAGAGAAUCAAAUAUUAGGUUUCAGAUUCGGAGCUCUGGAGCACCUCCGAAGCGUCGUAAAAGAAACGCCUGCCGAACUCAGUGCGAAAUGGCUUCGUCGGAGAUCGAGGUUGUCUCGUCCGACUCCACAACUCAGAAAACCCCAAGCCAAGUGGUUGUCUUCGACGUCUUCACUGCUUCUGCUUAUGGAGAUUUCCAGAAGCUGCGGAAGUUCGUUGAGGAAGACGGUGCUUCUGUCUCGGAGCCCAACGUCAAUGGUUAUUACCCUCUUCAAUGGGCUGCUCUCAACAACUUCCCCGAUAUUACGCAAUACAUAAUCGAGCACGGAGGCGAUGUCAAUGCCGCUGAUGGUCGACUACAAACAGCGUUGCAUUGGGCGGCAGUGCAGGGUUCUGUGGCAGUGGCAGAUGUGCUCAUGCAGAAUGGAGCUCGGGUUGAGGCUGCCGAUGGAAACGGGUACCGGGCAGUUCACGUUGCUGCUCAAUAUGGACAGACAGCUUUCCUAAACCACAUUGUUGCUAAGUAUCGUGCUGAUUUUGAAGCACCUGAUAAUGAGGGCAGAAGUCCUCUUCAUUGGGCUGCAUAUAAGGGAUUUGCAGAUACAAUUAGAUUACUUUUGUUUAGAGAUGCAUGCCAAGGGAGACAGGAUAAAGAAGGUUGUACCCCAUUGCAUUGGGCUGCCAUUGGAGGGAAUUUAGAGGCUUGCACUGUGCUUGUACAUGCUGGCACUAAGCAGGAAUUAAUGGUGAAAGACAAUGCUGGAUUUACUCCUAUUCAGCUUGCAUCUGAUAAAGGUCAUCGGCAUGUCGCUCUUUUUCUUUCUAAAGUGCAGAGGGCUCAGACUUACUGCUGGGGAGACAAAUUUCUUAGUGGAAAGAAGGCAGAUAUUGGUUAUGCUCCUAUUUUGUUGGCUAUCAUAAUCCUUCACACGGUUCUCUUCCUGAACUCAGUUCUUGCUGCUCCUAAUCUGCCGAAGGUUACUGCGGUUGUUGGCCUCUGGGCAUGGACUGCUAUUUCUAUCGCAAUUGGUUCGCUCGUAAUGUUCUACAGGUGUAGUAGCAGAGAUCCAGGUUAUAUAAAACGACCUGUGGACUCAGGAAGUAAUAUUAAUACUGAGGAUCCUUUGUUGAAUAUUGAUUUGAACAGCUCCUCUGUUUGGGUGGGAAAUUGGUCUCAACUUUGCCCUACCUGCAAGAUAAUUAGACCUGUUCGUUCUAGGCACUGUCCUACUUGUAAACGAUGUGUGGAACAGUUUGACCAUCACUGUCCAUGGAUAUCCAAUUGUGUAGGGAAGAGGAACAAAAGAGAUUUCUUUAUUUUUAUCUGCAUGGGAACAUUGACAUCAUUCCUUGGUGCCGCCGUUGCUGUUCAAAGGAUUUGGACAGCAGUGCCAGCAUUGCCAGCUGAAGGAUCCUGGAUUCAUCAAGUGAUAGUCCAAUAUCCGGCUAUUGUUACAUUUCUGGUUGGGGAUGUCGUUAUCUUGAUCGCUGCUACAACUCUGACCACUGUGCAGGCUUAUCAGAUAGCUCGUAAUAUCACCACAAAUGAAUCUGCAAAUGCUAUUCGAUAUGGGUAUCUUCGUGGACCAGAUGGGCGGUUUCGUAACCCUUAUAACCAUGGAUGCCGAAAGAACUGCACAGAUUUUCUGAUCCAGGGCUACACAGAUGAUAAUGAAAUUGCUUGGCCUCCAUUACAGCACGUUACUAGUUAGUACUUUGAUCUUGUGAUUUUAUGUUGGUUUUACCUCUAUAUUAGGUGUUCUAUUGGUGCUUGGUUUGUGGAUAAUGAUGGGUAAUCUUGUUGCUGAAGCUACUUUAAAUUUUUGUCAUUUUCUAGCAUAGCUUACAUUGCUGUUGUAUAUACGGAAAAACUUUGUUCACACUUGGACAUACACACUCAAUUUUCAUUUUACCAAAUGUAUGAUUGAAAUAGUGAAAUAUAAAAGAAUUGAAUA